CGGCAUAGGCGUCUCUGCUUGUCCCACUCCCACGCCCUCCUAGGGUUUCAGAGUCGCCGCGCUUCUUCUGGCAUUGAAUUUUCCUUCAACUGCUUCAUCUGUCUUCUCAGUAUCCACUGCUUCGUUCGUUAAUUAGCUGUUUGUAUGCUGCAGGUUCAGAUGGCCAUGGAGGUUACACAAAUUCUUCUAAAUGCCCAAGCAGUGGAUGGUACUGUACGGAAACAGGCGGAAGAAAAUUUAAAACAGUUUCAGGAACAUAAUCUUCCGAGUUUUUUAUUUUCUCUUGCUGGUGAAUUGGCAAAUGAUGAGAAACCUGCAGAGAGUCGGAAGCUUGCAGGUCUAGUUCUUAAGAACGCAUUGGAUGCAAAAGAACAGCAUAGAAAGAUAGAAUUUGUCCAAAGGUGGUUAUCAUUGGAUCCAACAGUGAAAGCCCAGAUUAAAGCAUUCUUGUUAAAGACCCUUUCCUCCCCUUCUUUGGAUGCUCGAUCAACUGCAGCACAAGUUAUUGCAAAGGUUGCUGGUAUUGAGUUGCCACACAAGCAAUGGCCUGAACUGAUAGGAUCUCUCUUAUCAAAUAUUCCUCAACUUCCUGCUCCUACAAGGCAGGCAACUCUUGAGACGCUUGGCUACAUCUGUGAAGAAGUCUCCCCAGAUGUGGUGGAUCAGGACCAUGUAAAUAAGAUACUCACAGCUGUAGUUCAGGGCAUGAAUUCUUCUGAAACUAAUAAUGAUGUCAGGCUUGCUGCAAUUCAAGCUUUAUACAAUGCUUUGGGUUUUGCUCAAGCAAAUUUUUCGAAUGAUAUGGAGCGUGACUACAUCAUGAGGGUUGUUUGUGAGGCUACUCUUUCCCCUGAAUUGAGGAUUCGACGAGCAGCUUUUGAGUGUUUGGUUGCCAUUUCAUCAACGUACUAUGAAAAGUUGGCUCCUUAUAUGCAGGAUAUUUUCAGCAUUACUGCCAAGGCUGUGAAAGAAGACGAGGAGCCAGUUGCACUUCAAGCUAUUGAGUUCUGGAGUUCAAUUUGUGAUGAAGAAAUAGAUAUACUAGAAGAAUAUGGAGGAGAAUUUAGUGGUGAUUCUGAUAUUCCGUGCUUUUACUUUAUUAAGCAAGCACUUCCAGCUCUUGUACCUAUGUUAUUGGAGACUCUAUUAAAGCAAGAAGAGGACCAAGAUCAGGAUGAAGGAGCAUGGAACAUAGCUAUGGCUGGAGGCACAUGUUUGGGCCUGGUUGCUCGAACAGUUGGUGAUGAUAUUGUGCCUCUGGUUAUGCCAUUUAUUGAAGAGAAUAUAACAAAACCAGAUUGGAGGCAAAGGGAAGCUGCUACAUAUGCCUUUGGCUCCAUUCUUGAAGGUCCAUCGCCUGAUAAACUUGUACCACUUGUAAAUGUUGCUUUGAACUUUAUGCUCACUGCGUUAAUGCAGGAUCCAAAUAAUCAUGUAAAGGAUACUACUGCCUGGACUCUCGGACGAAUGUUCGAAUUUUUACAUGGGUCAGCUUUGGAAACACCAAUUAUUACUCAGGCUAAUUGCCAACAGAUUAUUGCAGUGUUGCUCCACAGCAUGCAAGAUGUUCCCAAUGUUGCUGAGAAGGCAUGUGGUGCUCUUUAUUUUCUUGCCCAAGGUUACGAGGAUUCUGGAUCUUCGACCUCUACACUGACACCCUUUUUUCAAGAUAUUGUCCAAGCUCUUCUUACUGUUACUCAUAGAGAUGAUGCUGGAGAAUCACGCCUUCGAACGGCAGCCUAUGAAGCCUUAAAUGAAGUAGUGAGGUGUUCUACUGAUGAAACAACUCCAAUGGUGUUACAAUUAGUUCCCAUCAUAAUGAUGGAGCUCCACCAGACUCUUGAGAAACAGAACCUCACAGCUGAUGAGAGGCAGAAUGAGCUACAAGGCCUUCUCUGUGGUUGCUUGCAGGUCACCAUACAGAAGUUAGGUUCAUCGGAGCCAACAAAAUAUCACUUCAUGCAGCAUGCUGACCAAAUGAUGUCCCUGUUCCUAAGAGUCUUUGCUUCUCAAAGUGCUACAGCACAUGAGGAGGCUAUGCUUGCUAUUGGAGCUCUGGCUUAUGCAACAGGACCAGAUUUUGCUAAAUACAUGCCGGAAUUCUACAAGUAUUUGGAGAUGGGACUUCAAAAUUUUGAGGACUACCAGGUUUGUGCCAUUACAGUGGGUGUGGUUGGUGAUGUAUGCAGGGCCUUGGAGGAUAAGAUAUUGCCUUACUGUGAUGGAAUAAUGACCCAACUUUUGAAGGACUUGUCAAGCAACCAACUGCAUAGGUCUGUGAAGCCUCCUAUAUUUUCGUGCUUUGGAGAUAUUGCUUUGGCAAUUGGUGAAAACUUUGAGAAGUACUUGUUAUAUGCUAUGCCCAUGCUUCAGAGUGCUGCUGAACUAUCUGCUCACACAUCAGGUGCUGAUGAUGAUAUGAUAGAGUACACAAAUUCCUUGAGAAAUGGAAUCUUGGAGGCAUACUCGGGGAUCUUCCAAGGGUUUAAGGGCUCCCCGAAAACUCAACUCUUAAUGCCCUAUGCUCCGCAUAUACUGCAGUUUUUGGAUAGUUUGUACACAGAGAAGGACAUGGAUGAUGUUGUUACAAAGACAGCAAUUGGUGUGCUUGGAGAUUUAGCUGAUACAUUGGGUAGUAAUGCUGGCCCCUUGAUUCAGCAAUCUGUCUCCAGCAAAGACUUUCUCAAAGAGUGCCUGUCAUCUGAUGAUCACUUGGUUAAGGAAUCAGCUGAAUGGGCCAAGUUGGCUAUCAGUCGAGCCAUAUCAUUUUGAGGCAAUUGCUAUUUCAUGGGUCAUUGUUCUUGCAUGCAUCUGCUUGUGUUGAGUGAGUCGCAAUUGCAUACCAUGAGUCAGGUCAUCACCAUUUUUGGGCUCAAGUGCUUGAGUACAGCGGUCUGUGUUUCUUGUCAGCAAUAUGGAGUCUUCUUUUCCAUUUCAUUUUUUAUUUAUUUGUUCUGCAUUGCCAUGGAGGUAGGUGGGUGAUGACCAGAUUUUCUGCUAACUUGGCAGAAAAUAUGGAGUUUUUGGUGCAGGAGGAAAAUCGAAGUUAAUGGUUAGGAUGGAAAAAAUGGUGAUUUCCCAUGAUACAAAUGCCAAUGCUCUCUGUUGGCUUGGCUUGAUAUGAGGUCGGUGGUGUCCUGUUUGAUAUUUGGUGGGGUUGUAAGGCCUUAAUGGGGAGGGAUACAGUCUGUCCUUGUCUUUUUGUUAUUUUUCCUCUAUUAUUUGGCUGUAGAGUGGAAAACAGUUGUCUUAGUCUAUGUCUUGGAAUAGGCAAUGAAACAUAUUUGCGGUCAGGUGAAAUUAGUCAAUCAUUCUUCAUCCAUUAUUUUGUAUUGAGUAUUCUCUUUUGUUUUUGCUUUUGCUUUUGCUCCCCAUUUUUUGGGGGGCUCUAUAUGAAUCCUCGUCUUGAGCUUCUACGAAUAACCUGUCAUGAAGUGAAUCAUCGUAUUUUCAUUUCAUACAAAUCCUAUCCUUAGCAUGGGUAUCCGUUUCAGAAUGAAUACAUACAUAAUGCUCGUAAGGUCUCUUGUGAUUAUGUAUAGCGAAGUAAUUAUAUUUGGUUUUUCAUCUUCCACGAUGAGGGGAAGUCCAUGUGAUUUACUUAUGAUUGUGUAUAGCAAAGUAAUCAUAGAAAAAUAAUGGAUGGGAUAAUUAAUUUUAUAACUGUUAAUAUUUUUAUUUGAUGUUGUGACACACUCAUUCCAGAAUGGUUUACUCUAAAUCCCUAUUAUGUUGGCAAUGUUGUAAUUUGCCGCUUGUGUAGGAUAUCUGUUUCUCUAGGAUUGCUUGAUGAGAUUAAUGAAAGAUCCAGCUUUAGCAUAUUGUGUUUGUGACAGCCUGACAGGCCUGCAAGAAGAAAUAUUGUAUGAAUUUCCCUUGGGUGAGAUUGCUGCAGUUUUGUACCGUUCAAGAGCAUGCAGAUUUCACUAGUGGCUUCAAGACAUCUUUUAUCAUUUGGUGUUUGCCGUGGCAAUAAGGAUCCAUGGAACCUUGAAUAAUAGAAUUUUCCUAGAAAGUUGAUAGAUGACUCUUGGGGAUUAAUCAAAUCCAGAGAAUUUAAUGGAACUAGUUGCACUGUUUAUCUGCUUGACAGGGAUUAAAAGAGAUUAUUCAUUGUUGGUGUUAAUUUGCUGUUUGCUGCAUAAGCAUAUGUGGUACCAUUUUUCUUAAUGUAUGAUACAAUUAUGAAUUUUAAAUUUAAAUAUUUAAAGAAUGUAACAUAACUAUUUUGUUGGAAAA